AUGACACUUUCAUACAAACAGAAAAUAAUCAUUAAGUUUAUUUUAAUAUUAGAAUUUUUAAUUAAUAAUCAAUUUAUAUUACCAUUUCAUAUGUUAAUAUCAGUUAUAUAUAAAUGGUUGUAUUUUAAAAGUGAUAAAAAGCUUUCUAAAACUAAUUUUUUAUUAGACGAUAUCAAAUUGGACUUUAAACACUAUUACAAUUUGCGACAAACAGGUACAGCUUUAAAAAACAUGAACUUAGUCUUUAUAUGUGAUGGUAACCGACGUUGGUUUAAAAAGAAUAAAGAUUCUUUUUUUAACACCUAUUCUGAUAUUAAAAUGAUUGGUCUUUAUAAAAUUAAUGAAAUGGUUAAAUAUUGCUAUUUAGAAGGGUGUGAUUCUGCUUCUUUUUAUGUAUUGGGUAUCAGAAAUUUAAAGAGGGGUGGUAUUGUCACUGAAAUGAUUGAUUAUAUCAAAAAUAUUGAUGUGUUAGAUUUACCAGUUAAGAUUAGAUUUUAUGGAAAUAUAGAACUUUUGAAAGAUGAAAAGCUAGUUAGCAAAAUAGAAGAAAUUGAGAGAAGAUCUUUAAAUAGUGAUUUUAAUGAUAAAAGUUUUAAGGUUAAUUUGUUCUUUGUUUAUAAUUAUAGUGACUGUGAUCAAGAUGUUAAUAAUAAGAGAUUGUAUUUUAAUGAUCAGGUAGAUAUGAUUAUUAGAACAUCUGGAGAAAAGCGAUUAAGUGAUUUUUUAGCAAGACAAGUUUCUAAUGGAACUGCUGUUGAGUUUAUUGAUACUUAUUGGCCUGAUUUACAAUUAAGUCAACUUUACUUACUAGGACAGAAAUAUCUUCUAGAAGAAGUAUAUUUAAAUUAA